UCCGAGCUCUCAUCAUUCUCGUAUUCUAAUUCCACUCCAACUCAAAUAAACAAGCCGCCAAGUCUCGUAAUUCAAUCAUUAACUCAACCUCUUUAAACAUAACUCCGGCCCAAACUACUAUUUAUUCAUAUUGCUUAGAUCAAAACUUAAUAGUCCAACAACCAACAAAAAAAAGUGAAUAGAGCUAACACUACAAAAUUCUUUCUUCUCCAAAAUCCCCCUUCUAUCUUCAAUUUCUUCUCACACGCCAGAACACCCCAAUCCUUCUCUUUUCUCUCCUCUUUCUUGCGUAAAAUCAGAGGGUCCCAAAUUUGCAUACCCUAACCUCUCUUUCUCAAAUCCAAAUCAGGAAAAUACCCAAAUUCACAACGCAUUCUCUUUCUCACAGUAAGCACCCAAAUCAGUUUCCUCUCCUCAAUUCAACGCUAACUUUUUUUCUUCUUUAUCUCCCUCUCGGCGUUUUGCGCCGCCUCCGUUCAGCCUGGUCUCCCCGUCGCCGCUGCCCCACGCUCCGUAUUGCAGCGCCGUCGCCGAUGCUUUCGUAUUCUCUCCAUCUUUCCGGUCUCAAUUUCUGCCACAGCCACCGCGUUCACAGCGACGAGCUCACCACACCGCCUCCUCGGCCCGCUCGAUGUCACGCCGUCAUCGCCAACUCUCCUCUGUUCUUGGCCAGCUCUUCCCUUCGCCACCUCUGCUCCGGCCGCUUCCGUCAUUAUUGCUGCUGUCCGUCAUGAGCAACCGCGGCUGCUGCUGCUGCUCUCCCCGCCGGCUCGUCGUCGUUCGCCUUCUCCCUCCUACCUCAGCGGCAAUCGGCGCCGCCGCUAUUCACCGUCGCUUUCUCAAUUGAUACUUGAAAACUUCUCGGAUCUCUCUCUCUCUCAGAUUUGGAAUUCAUUGACUUGAGUGUGUGUAGCUUGUGUUGAGACCAAGCUCCCUCUCUGUUCUCUCGCAUCGCAGCGCUGCCGUGAGUCGCGGCAGUUGUUGCCGAACCUGACAGCCGUCGGCUCCGUAUUCACCUGCUGUUAUCCGCCGUCGCCGAGCCCGUGGAUCACUCCGUCGUCAUCUCUUCUCCCUCCAUCCAAACUCUCUCAAAACACAGCGCCUGUCAUCUCUCUUUCUCUAAUUUCUAACUCUCUGUUUUUUUUUUGAAUUGAUUGAAUCUGAUGAAACGUGAAGAAGACCGAAGGUAUGUAGAUGGUCUCACGUUGAAAGUAAAACUGAUUUGGUUCCCUUUUUUUGUCUGGUUAUUGAGAGUAAUAUGUGGCAGUUUUCAUCUCCAAUUGGGCUUCAAAAUGUAGUUUCAAAUAAAAUGAAUUGGGCUUGGAAAAUUAAAUAAAUUAGGGGUAGAAAAAGAAUAAUUGUUAUAGGCCCAAAAUGAUAUGUCCUUCUAUCAACUAACGAAACAAAGGCAAAAAUUUUCCGGGUGCACAAACGAUGUCACUACAAGAAUAAAUAAAAAGGGUAGAAAAAGUGGGUGUAUUACACAAAGACAGGUUGGCUCGAGAAGGGUAUGAGACCUUAGUCUUUCAUGCUACUGGGGUUGGAGGGAGAGCUAUGGAGGAUCUAGUUAGAGGAGGAUUUAUACAGGGGGUUUUGGAUAUUACAACAACUGAGGUGGCAGAUUACAUUGUCGGAGGUGUCAUGGCAUGUGAUCCCUCCCGCUUUGAUGCCAUCAUAGAGAAGAAAAUACCUUUAGUUCUCAGUGUUGGAGCAUUGGAUAUGGUGAAUUUUGGAUCCCAAGACACAGUACCUUCUAAGUUUCAGCAAAGAAAGUUGUAUGAACACAAUGAACAGGUUACAUUGAUGCGAACGACAGUGGACGAAAAUAAGAAAGUAGCUGCAUUUAUUGCAGAAAAGUUGAAUAAGUUGUCAUCUAAAGUUUGCCUGCCAAAGAUGGGAGUAUCGGCAUUGGAUGCACCUGGGCAUGAUCCUGUUGCUACCGGUACACUUAUAGAGGAAAUGCAGAGGCUAAUAAUUCAAACAAGCGAAUGUCGUCAGAUUAAGCUUUUGCCACAACAUAUUAAUUACCCUGAGUUUGCAAAUGCUCUAGUGGACUCGUUCUUGGAGAUCUCUACAAAUAUUAAGGAUAUUAGUAAGACAAAGAUUGAAAGAAAAAGUAGUUAUUGGAAUAUUGUCAGUUGCUUGCUACAUCUUUACAUCAAUUUCUUUAUAUUCAACCACAUAUCUUCUAAUCUAAUCUAAUCUGUUUCCCAAACUAGGAUUAUUCUUUAGGUGGACAAAGGUUAUCAAAAUUUAAAAGAAUUAGGCUAAAAACAGGACAGAACUUCACCUUUAGGAG